GCUCAUCUGGCAGCAGGUGGUGUGACAUGUGGACCGAGGAAGUCACCAGCUCCUCCCCGUGAUUGUCAAACACUUGGUGGUGUAGCUAAGGUGCUCGCUCCGGACAUUAGAGGUGAUGCUCGGACAAUCUCCUCACCUUAUCGGGGGCAUCUUGUGGAUCCAGAAUCCGAUGAGAGCUGUUCACUGCAACCUGAGCCAGAAUGGCAUCGACCACCAGAUGUGCCCGGAGGACAUGACGUCACAACUGGAGGACGAGGAGGAGUCUGUGGACGUGGGGACUGUGCUGCUGGACGACGACAGCCCGAGCUACCAGGACGUCAGCCCCCCCAUGUACCAGCGCCGCUCGCCGCCACACCGCUCCGUCUCUGAGUCUGAGCUGUCACGGCCAGGGUAUGUGAAGCUGUCUAAGCCUGUGGCCCUGUGGACCCAACAGGACGUGUGCAAAUGGCUGAAGAAACAUUGUCCCAAUCAGCACCAGAUCUACAGCGACUCCUUCAAACAGCACGACAUCACAGGGCGGGCUCUGAUGAGAUUGACGGACAGAAAGCUGGAGAGAAUGGGUAUCAUGCAGGAAGCCCAGAGGCAGCACAUCCUUCAGCAGGUCCUGCAGCUUCGUGUCCGGGAGGAAGUCAGGACCCUUCAACUUCUCACACAAGCCUCUCUGGAGUGCACUCCGUCUUCACCAUAGCCCGACGGAGGAGGACGAUCCAGUCACAAAAGGACGCAGACGCCCAUCGCCUUGCCAACAUCCACCCCAAUUAUGUGAUCCCCAGACUUCUUCGUGGAACAAUCUCAGCUCUCCGUCUCGCACCUUUGGUCUCCGUCCUCGUCGGAUCUGGAAAAAACUCAUGCCUCCUUCCCAGCCACUCCUGAGAAGCUCCCACGAGUUCUGACUUGCUGUUUUCUCACAGUCCAAACAAUUUUCUCAAAGCUUCCUGGAAUCUGACCCACAGUUUCCAUUACAGGCGUCACAUCUCCAGUUGCUCCUGACCUUUGCAGCCAAACCUCCACCAGACCUCUCACGCUACAACUCCUCCACUCCUCUCAGAAUCACUUCACUCCCUCUCCCUCAAGAUCCACGCUGACAGCCAAGCCCUUCCAACAAUUAAUCUUCCCAGAAUUCAACACUUGCUUUGGCUGGGUUUCCCAAAAGCAUUUAAACAGAAAAAUAAGCUUUGCACCAUUGCAUUUCAUUUGUGUGUGCCGAUUUGCUUUUAAGGAAAAACCUACCUUACCGUCAUAGUAAAGAGUGACACUUAUAAUCCUCUUCAUCAUUCAGACUCAAACAGAGUCUGUUGGUCUGUUUGUGGCAUGUUAGCUCCUCCAUCAUUGCAUCUAAAUGUAAAUUAUCUCCCAUGAGUACUUUUAUGGUGCACAUCUGAGCCUGGCUCUGCCAUACUAAGGACUUUCAGCCCAGUUACCAGAAUAAACAUUGGCAAACGUUUUAGUUUUCUGUAAGCCACGAAUAUAUGACAUUUGUACAUGUUGUAUGUAGCCAGUAUUAUGAAAUUUUACUUUUCUGUACAUUAGGUGUAGACACAAAAAUCACUUAGUUAGGGCGAGCAAAACUUCGGCUUAAAAUACCCUUUUCUGUUACAACAAACAUGGCUAGAUGUGUCCGGAACUGUCAUUAAAAACCACGGUUUUGUCACUACAAACACAUGGACAAUCCCUAAAUUGUCGUUAAAAAGCAUGUUUUGUCACUAAAAAUAUGCAUGAUGUCCCCAUCUGUUGUUUAUUUUUUUAAAAAUGGCUGGACAUGUCUCAAAUUGGCAUUAAAAAACACCCACAUUUAUUACUUCAGCACUGCUGGACAUGUCCCACACUGUCAUUAAAAAAUACCCGUAUUUGUUGCUCAAAUACAAUUGGACAUGUUCCAAAAACAUGCAGUUUUGUUGCUACAAAAAUGGCUUGAUACUUCCCUAUCUGUUGUUUUAUGCUCAAACACGGCUGGACAUGUCCUGGACUUUUCUUAUAAGCCAUAUAAUUUUGUUGCUUCAAGAUGUCUGGACAUGUCCCGAAAUGUUGUCAAAAAACACCCAAUUUUGUCGCUCAAACAUGACUUGACAUGUCCUGGGCGGUUGUUAUAAGGCACAUGAUUUUGUGGCUACAAACAUGCCUGGACAUUUCCAAAAAUUGCCCUUAAAAAAAUAAUCAGUUUGUCACGGUUGCAAAUGUCCCAACAUCUUGCUAAAAAUACCCUUUUUUGUCAGUAAAAAGACAACUGGACAUGUCCUGAGCUAACAUUAAAAACACUUAGAUGAUCUCGAACAAUUUUCUGCUGCUCUCUGCUGUUUGGCAGGCGUCUCGCUAAGGUGUCACACCAACCACCACCACCCCCUCCUCCUCCUUGAGAAAAAAUCAGCUCAUAAACACGUAAUCUGAAUGUCAUACAUAAGAAAACGUACAAAUGUAACAUAUCUGUGUUUUGCAAAAACACACAAUACCAACAUUUUAUUCUGGCGGCGGGCUGAAACUUUCAGUGGUUGCAAGAUAUAACUGUCCACAAGACCACUGCUACACACCUCUCGUUCCUUUUUCUUCCAUUUUAUCUCCUCACAGACUAUUCCCACGGCCGCAACGGGGUGACACAUUUUAUACCACCAUUUGUGUGUUUUUUGGGCUCUCAUUCUGUGCAUAGAUGCUGUAAAUGGUGUUCAACAACGCCUGGUGAAGUAUCCAUAUUUCUCCUUCACUUUUUGCCCUCUCCAUAUUGUGGAUCACUCUCUCGGGGUAGACGGUAAGCCUGAGAGAACUUUUCUGUGCAAACAACCCACAGUUAGCAGAGGAAUAAACACUGAACCUGGCAUCACAUUAGGUACAGUUAAGUUGGCUCCCACCGAAAUGAACGACAUUGUUGUGAAAAGCAAUCUGAAGGAGAUGAAGCAGAACCUGGAGGGAAAAAAGGGAUGAACUGCG